AUGACAUGCCACCAUUCAGCUAGCGAUACAGUCAUUUCAGUGAUCUCAGAGGCAUUAUGCAAGCCAGUCUACUAGUAUCCACGUCAAAUGAGUGAAUACUGACAACCAAUCGGUACCGAUGCUGCAUCUCUUUAAGUGCUUGGCGCAGGGGUUUUGACUUCAAGAUCAAGUUCAUUGAUACCUCACACUUCACCAAACUCCAUAAAUUCUUUGACCAUAUCCAAAGACACCAUCAAAAUGACCCAGUUCUACCAAGUCUUCCUCGUCAAAUUCACCCUCAGCCUGCAGGACCCCGACAUCCCCGGCGAAAGACACCAUCACACGAUUUUCGUCCAGACUGCAGAAGAUGGCAGCGGCACCAUUCACCAAGUGACGGGCGAUGUCGCCUCCCAGGAUGGAAUGUAUUAUUUCCCCGCGCCCACAGACGAUCCAGUCUGCUCGGAGGAGUUCCAUUCCAGUCAGAAGCUCGGGGUCACGCCGUCGUCUACCCAUCCUGCUCAGUGGAAUCAAGUCCUGGGAAGUCUGCCUGCGCCGCCCCAGCAGAAGGCAUUCAACCUCAGCACCAUGAGAACGGAGCCGUUCAAGACCAAACUUCCGUUGACUUUCUACGAGCCGCGCGAGCCGAGGAAGCGUCUGGUGAAGUGUACGGAGUGGACAAUGGAGAGUGCCAUUCCAACUCUAAAGGAAAAUGGUCUUUUGAUUCGGCAGGUGGAUAGUUAGAGCUCCCAGCUUCUAAUCAAUACAAACAUGACUAGCGGUUCCGAGCAGUUGAUAAUCUGACGGUCGCCUAAUACUCAGCGGUUUGCUCGGUCGGUUUUUCAAUUGGAUUCGAGGGCUCCAUGGUUUUAUUAAAUAGGCCUAGCUAGUCAACCUGAGUGAAUUUCCAUUUACUUGUCCUUCAUACUCGGCCAUACUCAUAUCCAACCUCCGAAACUGUUGAUUAAUAAGCUAAUCUAUUCCAAUGCAAC